CUCAACAAAGUACACUCCUCGUUCCUCAUCCACUCAAAAUUGUAUCCUUCCUUAGUUUUCUUACCAAACCCAAAUCCGUCCAAUACAAUGUCUGAAUUUGACCAAAACCCAACCCCCAAAACACCGGAGCCCAAGGUUAGACCAGCUGGUGGCACCGAGUAUAGCUGGUGCAGAGCCGUACCCGGCGGCACUGGCAUCACGGUCUUGUCCCUCCUCCUCUCUAAUCCCCCAGAUAUCUCACUUCUCGAAGCAGCCCUUUGCAGGCUCCAAGUUUCCCAUCCCAUCCUUCGUUCCAGGCUCCACUUUGACACUUGCAGGAACACUUUUUCUUUCAUAACUCAUCGUAACCCUCAUGCCAAGAUCCAAUCCUUUGAUCUCCCAUCAACUUCCCACAUUCUCCAAAGCCACUCAGGCGAUCCCAACAUCGAUUCACACCAGUUUUUGCUCGAACAUGAACUGAAUCGAAACUCAUGGAACCUCCCUGAUGGUGACCAAGCUGACCGUGAUGUAUUUUUUGUUAGCCUUUACACUCUAAGCGAGACGAGGUGGGUGGUGGUGUUCCGGCUGCACACUUCAGCUUGUGACCGUGCUGCGGCGGUGGCUCUGUUGAAGGAAUUGUUGGAGUUGGUGGGGGGUGGAAGAUCCAAAGUGGAGGAGAUAGCGAAGGGAAACGACGAGCAAGAAGUGGAGUUAAGUUUAGGAAUUGAAGAUUUGAUUCCUAGUGGGAAAGCUAACAAGCCUUUUUGGGCACGUGGGGUUGACAUGCUUGGCUACUCGUUGAACUCUUUCAGGCUGGCAAAUCUCAACUUUGUGGAUGCCAAUUCGGCUAGACGUUCUCAGGUUGUAAGGCUGCAGAUGAACCCAGAUGAGACUGACGGGCUCGUUGCUGGUUGCAAAUCAAGAGGUAUUAAACUCUGUGGAGCUCUAGCAGCUGCUGGUUUGAUUGCAGCUCGGUCCACUAAAGCCUAUCCUGAGCAUCAAAGGGAAAAAUAUGCUGUGGUAACCCUCACUGACUGCCGGUCCAUUCUUGACCCAGUUCUCGGUAGCAAUCAUCUUGGAUUUUACCAUUCUGCUAUCUUAAAUACACACGACGUGACUGCCCACGAACAAGUAUGGGAGUUAGCCAGGAGAUGCUACAUGUCCUUUUCCAAUGCCAAGAACAACGACAAGCAUUUCACGGAUAUGAAUGACCUAAACUUCCUCAUGUGCAAAGCCAUCGACAACCCUGGAUUGACUGCAUCAUCAUCCAUGAGAACUGCCUUCAUUUCGGUUUUCGAAGACCCUGUGAUUGACGAAUCUAACGAACUGCACCAGAAAAUUGGCCUGGUGGAUUACGUUGGGUGCUCUUCGGUUCAUGGAGUCGGUCCAUCCCUUGCCAUAUUUGACACCAUACAAGAUGGAUGUUUGGAUUGUGCAUGUGUGUAUCCAGCGCCACUCCAUUCAAGAGAACAAAUGCAACAACUGAUUGAUUCUAUGAAAAGUAUUCUUGCAGAUGCUGGCAUCAAUGUGGAGAAUAAUAGCUAGAUUUUUCAUUGUGAACAUUGUGCUUAUGAACAAUUUCUUUACUAGUUUGCCAUCAUAAAUGGGAAAUGAAUGAGCUACCAAACUGUGAAAUUAUCUUCAUGACAAAUUUUCAUUUGA